AGCCAUUUUGGCUGAAUAGCAUUGCACCAUUGAAGGAUUUUUGUUUGAAACCCAUCCCUUUACGGUGCCAUGUCCGGCGUGAUGGCGAUGCCAGUGGCCACCCUCCGUGCGACCGCGACCACGCCAGUGGUUGCGGGCAUUGGACACGUGGCCCAGCCUGUUCCAGCCUCUGCCCCCUCCAGCUCUGUGCCCCUCACCGCUGUGGCUGCCUCCGCAGCGGCGCUCGGCGCCGUGGGCGCUGCCACGCAGCGCCGCGGGCGGCGCCAAGCUCAGCGAGCCAGCCUGGCGCAGGGGCGUGUGACCAAGGGACGUACCCUGCGUGGUGCCAAGCUGGUGCUUUGCGCCGGUGCCUCCUUCCCCGAAGGCCGGAAGCUCCGUGUGGCCGUGGUGGGCGGCGGCCCGGCCGGCGCCAGCUGCGCCGACCAGCUGGCGAAGGAUGGCGUGGAGACCUUCUUGAUCGAGCGCAAGAUGGACAACUGCAAGCCCUGUGGCGGCGCGAUCCCCUUGUGCAUGAUUGAUGAGUUUGAUUUGCCCAAGGACAUCGUGGACCGUCAGGUGCGGAAGAUGACGAUGAUCUCCCCGACCAACAAGGAGGUCCAAAUCGGCCAGACCCUGAAGGACGAUGAGUUCAUCGGCAUGGUCCGACGCGAAGUCUUGGAUGACUUCCUACGCCAGCGCGCCAAGAAGAACGGCGCCACGCUCAUCAACGGCCUCUUCAUCGGCAUGAGCCUGCCACAGAACAAGGGCGACUCUUACCUUUUGACCUACAACGACUACGAGGGCCAGGAGGGCAAUGCUCGCAAGGGUGAGACGAAGACCCUGGAGGUCGAUGUGGUCAUCGGCGCCGACGGCGCGAACUCGCGCGUGGCCAAGGACAUCGAGGCCGGCGACUACGAGUACGCGAUUGCAUUCCAAGAGCGCAUGACCAUCCCUGAUGACAAGAUGGAGUAUUACAAGGACCGCGCUGAGAUGUAUGUGGGCGAGGAUGUUUCGCCCGACUUCUACGCGUGGGUCUUCCCGAAGUGCGACCACGUGGCUGUGGGCACCGGCACCGUGGUGGACAAAAAGGGCAUCAAGCUCUACCAGCAGGGCAUCCGCGACCGCGCCGCGCCGCGGAUCGAGGGUGGCAAGAUCAUCCGAGUGGAGGCGCACCCGAUCCCGGAGCAUCCGCGCCCUUGGCGUGUGAAGGACCGCUCCAUCCUGGUGGGCGAUGCCGCGGGCUACGUGACCAAGUGCUCCGGCGAGGGCAUCUACUUCGCGGCCAAGAGUGGGCGCAUGUGUGCCGAGACCAUUGUGAAGAAUUCCCAGCAGGGCGCCCGCAUGAUCGACGAGGCAGACCUGAUGGAGCACCUGCGCGAAUGGGACGGCAAGUAUGGCCCCACCUACCUGGUCCUCGACUUGCUCCAGAAGGUCUUCUACACCAGUGAUGCUGCCAGGGAGAGCUUCGUGGAGCUUUGCGAGGAAGAAUAUGUGCAGAAGGUGACCUUUGACUCCUACCUCUACAAGACGGUGCAGGGCAACGAUCCUGUGGGCGAUCUGAAGUUGGGCUGGAAGACCCUGAGCUCCUUGUACAAGUUCAACAACCAGAAGACCCCGGACCCCAUGCGCACUCUUGCCUAAUGUGGGCUUGUGAAUACUUGAAGCGGUUGGCAAAGAAAAUGGCCAGCUCGGCUUCGCUUUGAGGCCUUCUGAGUGGGUACCAAAGUCUGGCCCGCAGGUUGGACGGCUCCGAAGCACGCAACAUCCGCUUCCCGGUGCGGCACGGGUGGGUUUUGGUCCGCCCCCUUUUCCCGUGGUUUUUGAAGCCAGGAGCGGAAAUCAGCUCCGAAGGAACACGACGAAAUGCGCAAUGCUCAGCCCC